AUGCUGCCUUCCGUGGACUUCCGUAGCAUGUACUUUAUGCUGCUAUCCUGCCUGAUGCUUGGAUUCCAGGUCCAAGGUGAAGAUUCCCAGAUGGAAAAUCCCUCUUCACGGAUCAGCUGUCCCAGAGGCUCCAAAGCUUUUGGUUCCUACUGUUAUGCAUUGUUUCUGACAGCAAGAAGCUGGCCUAAUGCAGAGAUAGCCUGCCAGAAGCGGUCCGAAGGACACCUCGCAUCUGUGCAGAGUUCACUUGAAGGAUCCUUCGUGUCCUCGUUGGUGAAGACCACAACAAACACCUAUGCAAACAUCUGGAUUGGGCUCCAUUACCCCACACAUGUCGGUGAACAAGGUGCAGAUAGUUGGGAGUGGACUAACGAUGACCUGAUGAGUUACACUGCCUGGGAAAGAGAUCCUUCCACCAUUUCAAACCCUGGAUACUGUGGA